AUGGAGGCGAUGCCCUGCCACGAGCGGCGGGCGGGCCCGGAGGCGGCGGCGGCGGCGGCGGCGGCGGGGGGCGCCGGGGGCGGCCGGCAGCUGCGCUUCGCCGAGCGCGAGGGCGAGAGCAGCCCCAGCGCCAGCGCCAGCCCGGGGAGCAGCCAGGGGAGCGGCGGCUGCUCCUGCGCGGCCAGCAACGGCGGGCCCUGCGCGGAGGCGCCGCCCGCGCCGCUGGGAGCCCAGCUCAAGCUGCUGCCCAUGAACGACCAGAUCCGCGAGCUGCAGACCAUCAUCCGCGACAGGACAGCCAGUAGGGGAGACUUCGUGUUUUCUGCUGAUCGCCUGAUCAGGCUUGUGGUUGAAGAGGGGUUGAAUCAGCUGCCAUAUACAGAAUGUACAGUAACCACUCCAACAGGGUACAAGUAUGAAGGAGUGAAAUUUGAGAAGGGGAACUGUGGAGUCAGCAUAAUGAGAAGUGGGGAGGCAAUGGAGCAGGGCUUGCGUGACUGCUGCAGAUCCAUCCGAAUAGGAAAGAUCCUGAUACAGAGUGAUGAAGAGACCCAGAGAGCCAAAGUGUACUAUGCAAAGUUUCCACCGGAUAUCUACAGGAGAAAAGUUCUCCUCAUGUACCCCAUACUGAGCACUGGCAACACUGUGAUUGAGGCUGUCAAGGUUCUUAUAGAACACGGAGUGCAGCCCAGUGUCAUCAUCCUGCUGAGCCUGUUCUCUACACCCCAUGGUGCCAAAUCAAUCAUUCAGGAAUUCCCGGAUAUCACUAUUUUAACAACAGAAGUUCAUCCUGUUGCACCAACACACUUUGGACAGAAGUAUUUUGGAACGGACUAAAGUACUUAAGAGUUUGUCUUUUAUUACUGUAUAAUAUAUCAUUUUUUCUACAUUUUAUAAUUUGAAGUGGAGAUAUCUGUAUUUAACACUUUUUUUGUUGUCGAAGGUGAAAAUGGUUGGUCUGUCAACUUUUUUUUAUUUAAAAGGGGAAAUUAUUGAUCUACUUUUUUCUAUUUUAACUGAGUUUGGGGCGACAAUGAAGCACAUUAGGUUGCUACAAAUGUCUAAUGAGACGUGUGUCCAAAUUGCUGCAUUCGAAGUCCCUUUAUUUAUUUAUCUUCUGGAGCCAGUUUAAUUGGCUGCUUGCAACCGAAAAUAAAAUAACUGAGGGGCACCAUUGCA